AUGAGUGACAUCAGUUAUCCCGUAGGAGAAACAGAUUACAUUAGUAGUUUACAUGAUACAACAUUGUGUCAUAUACUUUCUUUUCUACCAACAAAGUCUGCUGUAAAGACCUGUGUAUUGUCAAAAAGAUGGAAGAAAGUGUGGAAUCAAGUACCCGUACUUGAUUUCACGGAGAUACCGGAUGGUUGUCAUCCAUUGUGCAACGGUGCAAAAAUUUCCUACAAUAAAUUUGUCAACAAGGUAUUAGCUGAGAACAACGCAUUCUAUUUGCAGCGUUUUUGUUAUGAAUUUUCCUGUGAUGAUGAUUGUGAUUACUACGAAUCAUGGUUAAAUGCUGCAAAAAAACGUGAAUGUUAUGAAAUUGAUUUGAAUUUCACUUUAGGUGGAAGUCGAAGUUACAAAUUUAUAGAAAUGAUGUAUGGAAUGGGAGUGAAGAUAUUGAAACUAACGGGUGUGAAAAUGAAUGAUACACCAGAGUCUUUUCAUCUACCAUCCCUUGAAAUUGUCCACUUUGUCAAAGUCGAAUUUAACGGUAGCGAAUAUAUGAAAAGGUUCACAUCAAAUUGUGCAGCACUCAAAACAAUUAUUAUCAAGGAGUGCACUGGUUUUGCCGAGAUGCUGUUUGUAGAGUCCCUGGCACUUAAAUCAUUAGAAAUUAGUGAUAUCGUGAGCCAGGCUUGGGGCAGAUCUCUGAUUAUUAGUAUUAAAGCACCGAUUCUUGAGUACAUUAGUAUUGAUGAUGAAAUAACAUAUUAUAUGGUUGAUAGUUUAGCUUUGCUUACCAAGGAAAAUCUAAAUCUUAGGGAAAAUUUCCCAGUUAUGGUCAAUGAACAUGGAGGUGAUUAUUAUAUUUAUCAAAAUAUCAAUUAUCUUAUAAGCAAGGCUUCCAAAGUCAGAUCUUUGAGACUCAAGACUUCUGGGCUUUUUCUUAAUGGAAGACAACUACCGACUUUCGGAAACCUGACUCAUUUGGAGGUGAAAGCCGAAAGUUGCACCUACGAGUUACUAAGAAAAACUCCCAACUUGAAAUCAUUAAUAUUCAAGGAGGUUGAGUGGAUUGAUACCUCUUUAAAUUGUAUAGCCGAAGAAGGAAUAUUUUUAUAUAUACAUUAUACACCAAUGGAGAUUGAGGAAGAUGUUGAGUUAGCAAUUGAAAAAUACAAAAGAUUCUGUCGAAUACAUAAACGUAUUUUGGAGGUUUUGAAAUUAAACGCUAUGGAAAUGCAGAGAGAAGUUCUACGUAGACAGGCUGAGGUUGAUAGGAUAUUGUAG